GGUGCACCUGAUCUCUGAGCUGGACGUCUGAAGUGAUGAUCACAAACAUGAUUGUGUUGCUGUGUUUGUCUGCGCUUUUUCCCGUCUUGAUGGGGACUGAUGAUGUCAAAGCAGAAUGUAUUCUUGCAAGAGACUGCUCUGACAUUUAUUCACGUGGAAACAAUCUCAGUGGUGUGUACACCAUCACCACAAUAGAUGGACCGCAGCAAGUCUACUGCGAGAUGGUCUCCGGCGGCAAAAAUGACCAAGGACACUGGACUGUGUUUCUCAGGCGAAUGGACGGCGAGGUGAAUUUCUUUAGGCCAUGGGAGAGUUAUAAAUGGGGUUUUGGUAAUAAAAAAGGCGAAUACUGGCUGGGUUUAGAGUUUCUUCACCAGCUGACCAGCAGGCAUCGGUAUAAACUCAGAGUAGAUUUGGAGGACUUUGAGGGGAAGAAGGCUUAUUCUGUGUAUGAGUCUUUCUCUGUGGACGGUGAGGCUGAUGGGUACAAACUGCAUGUGAGCGGCUAUGUAGAUGGAGGAGCAGGUCAAACUUUUGGUUAUCAUAACGGAAUGAAGUUCUCCACCUUUGACAAAGAUAAUUCAGGAUUAAAGUGUUCUAUAAAGUACUCUCAAGGAGGGUUUUGGUACAAAGAUUGUGAUUAUGCAAACCCUACUGGUCUGUAUUGGUGGGGGAAAGAUGAUGGCAGUUUGAAGAGUGGGCCCUUUUGGUACUACUGGAAGAGCAACAAUAAAUCUCUGAAGGCCGUCACCAUGAAGAUCACACGUGUGAAGUAGAGCAGGGCUUACAAACACUUCACUGCAGCUUAUGCGCACAUCCACAACUUUAUGCAGGCAUGUGGAUCUUUCUUAAAAUAUGCUCAAAAAUCAAAUCCAUUGUCCUUAAAUAAAAAUGUUUUGGAAUUGGGUUCAUGACUUUGGCAUGCUUUGUCUGCUAUGAUUUUGAAGCAAUAAAAGUUUAUG